UCCCCUCUCCAUGUCCCAGUGUCCCCUCUCCAUGCCCGAUGUCCCCUCUCCAUGUCCGGUGUCCCAAUGUCCCCUCUCCGUGUCCCAUGUCCCCGUUCCAUGUCCGGUGUCCCCUCUCCAUGUCCGAUGUCCCCUCUCCAUGUCCCUGUCCCCUCUCCGGUGUCCAGGCCGGCUGCCGGGGCUGCGUCCGGCCGAGCGUGGCGAGUUCACCCUCCGUGCGUUCCGCCGGGGCAAGCUGGACCUGACGGGGGCCGAGGGCGUGCGGGACCUGAUCGGGGCCGAGACGGCGGCGCAGCGGCGCCAGGCCCUGCGGCAAGCGGAGGGCGAGCUGGGCCAGCUGCUGCAGCGCUGGAGCCGCACCCUCACACAGGCGCUCGCCCACCUCGAGGCCUUCAUCGAUUUUGGCGAGGAUGAGGAUGUGGAGGAAGAGGUUUUGUCCCGAGUGUCGCUGUCCGUGCGGGAGCUGGAGCGGGAGAUCCGGGCUCAGCUGCGGGACGGGCGCCGGGGGGAGCUGCUCCGGGCCGGGGUCCGGGCGGUCAUCGCCGGCCCCCCGAACGUGGGCAAGAGCAGCCUGUUCAACCUGCUCUGCCGGCGGAUCCCGCAUUCCCACAGGAUCCCGGAUCCCGGAUCCCUCAUUCCCACUGGAUCCCUCAUUCCCACUGGAUCCCGCAUUCCCACUGGAUCCCGGAUCCCGGAUCCCGGCCACUGGAUCCCGGGAGCAUCCCGAGGGUUUCCCUGGGGAGGGGACGUGGAGCUCGCUGGGGACAAUUCCUGCCCCCCGGGGAAAAUCGGGAUCCGGGGAAAAUCGGGAUUUGGGGGGAAACGGGAUCCAGGGAAAAGCCAGGAUAAGGAGAAUCCAGGAUAA